CAGUUUUUGUAUAAAUUGCAGAGUGAAGCUGGUAAAAGGCAUCAAACAAUUUUCAGUCUUCGAGCUGUAAACAAAUCAACAAACUAAACAAAAUGUUAAAAUUCGCCGUUGUUAUCUUCGCCGUCAUCGCUUGCGCUGCUGCCAAGCCUGGAGUUCUUCUGAGCCAGCCAUUGGCUUAUGCUGCUCCAGCUGCAGUUGUUGCUGCUCCUGCUCCAUAUGUGACUGCCACCAGCAGCCAAGUGAUUGCCCGCAACUACAAUGGAAUCGCAGCUGCUCCAGUGAUUGCUCCAGUUGCUACUCCGUUGGCUGCUCCAAUUGCUGCUCCAGUCAUUGCCAAGUACGCUGCUGCUCCACUGGCUUAUAGCACUUCCUUGGCAUACAGUGCUCCUUUGAGCUAUGCUGCUUCUGCACCACUUUUGCUCUAAACAA